UUUUAAUAGUCUUUGGCUUUGAAAUAAGCUGAUAUUUAGGAGGAACACAGGAAGCAGAAAUAUCUUGCCGUGGAAAGAAAGAUCAAACAUAAACCUGAUGGGUGAUAACAGCCUAAAGUUACAAUUCCGCACAGCGUAGGGACAACCAGGGAAUGACAUGGAAUUUGUUUGGGCUAGAUGUUUAUUCAACAAAAUUACCGAAUAUUCAAUUAACACAAAUACUGGCUUUCACCUCUGUUCGCCCAUCGGCUUCACUUGAAUAAAUUAUCGCUAACUUUAAUUUGAAAAGCAGUAAAAUUUUCUGUUUAGUACGUGUUGGAAGAGGCUUCGUCGAUGUAUGCGAAAGCAUGGAAGUAAACAGAAUGGAAACAAAUCUAGUUCAAGUACGAUUUUUUUAAUAGAGAAACGAAAUAUCUAUUUGAGUCUGUCGAUGUAAAUGUCGCUCGAAGCAGCUGUCAGACUUACAAUGUAAGAGCAGGUAUAUUCUUCACUCUGAUUGGUUGAGACCGGGAGCGGGGGCUUCUAUUUUGAUUCCUAGUGAAUUUCUCGCGAACUGAUUUGAAUUUCUCGCUGAAGGAGGUGAUCUUUAAUAUUCUGAACUUAUGUGACACAAAAAACAAUCCGUUCUGGUCAACGGUUCCGUACGAUUAUAUAUUAUCUGGUUUGUGAUGUCUCGAUGGAGGAUUUUUGCAAUUGCGAGCGACAUUUAAGGCGUAAAAAUUGACAAAGCAUUUCUGAGGAGCCAUGCCUAGGUCUUACAACAAGAUGGACGACACCGACCCUCUGGCCGCGAAUGAGUCUCUGGAAAUGGCUUCUUAUAAUACUUUUGAUCCAGCUUACAAUGGAAUUUACAAGAAUUUUGAUAAUGAUGAAGACAUGAGUGGUGAGAGAGGUUGCUACUUCAAAGAUGGCAAAAGAAGGAUUGACUUUGUGCUUGUCUAUGAAGAAGAAGAGAAGGCGCCUCCACCUAAACAUCUUGAGAAAAGACAAAAGUUUCUGGAAAAUUUAGCCAAGUCUCAGCUAGAAUUUGAAGAGGAGGUGACUCAAGACAAGAAAGUCAAGUUACAUUUUAUCAAGUGUCAUGCCCCAUGGGAAGUGCUAUUGUUCUAUGCGGAGGAGCUAAACUUCAGAGCCCCGCUCGAGCUUCGCACAACGAAGAAGGUAAACUGGUCAGAAAGAAUCUUAGAAAAGUUUCGCAUACCAAACAUCUUCAAGGAUGAUGUACCAGGCACACCCAAUGAUUACUUCACAUGCACAUUCCAAGCGAACAAGCUCAACAAGUUUAUUGGCCAUGAAGAUCAAGAUAACUACUUUACAGAAACAGAAAGAACAAGAGUGGUGUAUGAAAUUAUGGAAACAGCUCCAUUUGGCAAGAGGCAAAAAGGAGAAAUUGGCAUUAAUCGUCUUGUUGAAGAAGGAGUUUUCAAGGCUGGGUAUCCUCUUCAUGUGGGACCUGCAGAGCUGCCAAAGGAAUGGAAAGAAGGACCUGAUGGACCUGAGGAAAUCAAACUUAACAAAAGGCAGAUCCUGAAAGAAUACUGGGCACGGUGGGGAAAGUGGUUGAAGUAUCAGCCUCUUGAUCAUAUCAGGGAAUACUUUGGAGAGAAGAUUGGUAUCUAUUUUGCUUGGCUAGGUCAGUACACAGCAUGGCUUCUCAUGCCAUCAUUUGUUGGACUGCUGGUGUUUCUGUAUGGUGUCAUAACCAUGAAUGGACCUGACAACAAACCUGCCCUUGAUGUGUGUAACAGUCCUCCAGGAACCUACAUGAUGUGUCCAUUGUGUGAUGAGUCCCUUGGGUGUCAUCCAGUUGAUCUUCACACAAGUUGUAUGCUGGGCAAGGUUUCGUACUUGUUUGACAAUGCAGCCACAGUUUUCUUUGCUGUCUUUGUCUCCUUUUGGGCGGUGUUUUUCUUGGAGUUUUGGAAGAGAAAAGAAAUAACCCUGGCAUAUCACUGGGAUGUACUAGAGUAUGAGGAAGAGGAGGAACGUCCACGGCCAACAUUUGCAGCUUUAGCACCAACAGUAGAACGAAACCCAGUAACAGGAAUACUUGAACCACAUUUCCCUGAUGAGAAGAGACAACCUCGAGUCUUCUCGGGAAUAGCUAUUGUUAUUACUAUGGUUUCUCUAGUGUUGGUGUUCAUGGUGGGAGUGAUCGUCUAUAAGCUAUUGGUUUACCGACCGCUGGCUUCUAAUCCAUCCACCCGAGCCCGAGCUCAACAAAUCGCUAACAUCACUGGCGCAUUUGUCAACUUGACAAUCAUCAUGAUCCUCAGCAGGGUUUACGAAAGAGUCGCCUUAGCAUUGACUCAUUGGGAAAUGCACAGAACACAGACGGAGUAUGAGGACAGUUUGACUUUCAAGGUCUUCGUGUUCCAGUUUGUGAACUUCUACUCGUCCAUCUUCUAUAUUGCAUUCUUCAAGGGAAAGCUGGUUGGUUACCCCGGACAUUACCGCAGAUUGUUUGGCCUCAGGCAAGAAGAGUGUGCACCUAGUGGCUGUCUUAUGGAGCUGGCUCAGCAACUUGUGAUCAUCAUGGUUGGUAAACAAACCAUAAACAACGUGCAGGAGAUUGUUAUUCCGAUGUUAAAACAAUGGCUCAAGAGAAAGAAGCGCGGUACAUCCAAAGAAGAAAGCAAACCUCGUUGGGAGGCCGACUAUGAACUGGUGGAAAAUGAAGGACUCUUCCAAGAAUACUUGGAGAUGAUUCUCCAGUUCGGUUUCAUUACAAUCUUUGUGGCUGCCUUUCCUCUGGCUCCGUUCUUCGCUCUCGCCAACAACAUCUUUGAGAUUCGCAUUGACUCAGACAAGUUCGUUUGUGAGGUGAGACGACCCAUCGCCGACAGGGCUCAAGAUAUCGGCAUCUGGUUUGACAUUCUGGACAGUGUUGCUAAGAUAGCCGUCAUCAGCAACGCCUUCCUCAUCGCUUUCACCUCAACCUUCUUGCCAAAGAUCCUGUACCGCUUUGCAAUAUCAGAAAACAAUUCCCUAGAGGGAUAUCUUAACUUCUCCUUGGCUUGGUCUCCCCAUAACACUACGGCUGUACCAUGCAGAUACGCAGAGUUUAGAGAUCGUGAGGGUCACUUCACUAGUUUUUACUGGCAUCUGUUAGCCCUUCGGCUAGGAUUUGUCAUCAUGUUUGAGCACUUUGUGUUCUUCGUGUCUCGUUUGAUCGACUUACUGGUGCCAGAUGUACCACAAUCGCUUGAGAUCAAGAUCAAGCGCGAAGCGUAUCUUGCUAAGCAGGCGUUGUCUGAUCACCACAAUCUAAUGGGAGGAAAAAGUGAUGGUGAAAGUGCCGACGAUCUGGAGGAAGAUUAUAUACCCUAACUAAUGUUUGCCUUUUUUAGUGUAGAAAGGAAAUUGCAAGUCCUGAAAAUGUGCAUCGCGUGAUCGCGUCACACUAUGCUCAAAUUUGCGUGACUCCAGGCUACGUGAAGGGGCACGUGGUACUGCACAACGCCAGUUUUUUUCUGGGUGUAUUUUUAUGGUCAACCAAAGUUCAAAAUUUCUCCUCUGAAAACUACCGGUCACCUCAUUAUUUUCAGGUCUUGCAAACCGUUUAUGCUUUUGUAGCUGGGUGACAUUGUAGUUGAGAUGCAGAAGCCAUACUAUAUACGCUUCAGCUGUGUGGGUGUAUAAGUAACAAUGGUGACGGUGUACGUGAUUGGUUCAAAGAAUGGCAAAAAUAAUUAUUGAUAUAUUUAUAUCCUUAAAAUCAACUAUUGUCGUGCGUAGUUUUAGUCGCUUGAGCUGAUUUCCUCCCAAUUAAUGAAAUAAAAAGUUAUAAGAAAGAUUUUUAGUGCAUGCAGGAGAGAACGGAUGCUGAGAUUUUGAGAGUUUUUAUUUCCUCUCUGAAAAUUACACAACAUUUCCAUGAAUUUCUUAAAGUUUCUUGUUUUUCGCCGUUUUUGUUUUUUUCUUCUUCUUCGUCUUUUUCAUUGUAAAGUUAUUUAUUUCGGUAUGAAGGUUUCUUUGGUCUUCAUUGGUCAGUUUCAAAAGAAUUUUCAAAUGUUGAAAACGCUCAAAGAUCCUUAAUCUUUGAUGUGUCAGACAGUUUAUUCUAUUCAUUAAAAACCCUCACAACUCUCAAGAUAGC